UCCUACUAACGAUGAGUUGGUAGAAGUCCUUGCUAGGCGCCGGGGCUUGUCCGCGCGUCUCGAACAAAAUAUCGUUCAGGAGGGACGCCAUUUUAGGACGCCAGCUCCCAGUCGCUCUGGCAACCAGGAAGGGGCGGGCGAAUGGAAGGUCACUGGAAGCCCAGCCCCCUCUCUUAAAGGAGACGGCCAGUUCUUAGGGAUAGAAGUGGCAGAGGUUUUUAUCACCCCCAGGAAGGAAAGAGGGGCCUCGGUAUCGCCACCGUUGAGGGGAGGGGAAAGAGCGGACGGGAGCGAUGUCGCCGACCCUGAGGGGAUAACGCUUGCACGUACCCCGGGGGUGACGACCCCAGCGGAGGGAUACCUCUUUUCCAGCCAAGGAACGUCUGAGACGAGCGGAGGGGGACAGGAAGGAUAGAACUGCUGCCGAUCUUUAAGAGAAAGGAGGGGGGCUGCCGGCUCCGCGGCAGGGAGCGCUGAGGCAGGGAGGAGGAGGACACCCGCUGCUGGCGAGGGGGGGACAGGGGGGCCCCUCGGGCCCCUUUGGGGGCGAAGUAGUCCCCGGCCUCCCCCUACGCCGCUGGAGGGGUACGGUAGCGGAGGCGGACGGCGCACUGAUCGGUGCUGCGGCUUCAGCUGAUAAUUGAAGGGAAGAGGCGCCGGGCAGGACAGAAAAGGAGCCAGGGCUACCGGGGAGGCACGGAGCGCUUUUGCGGAGGCCGCGUCGGGACAAACUAGUGAAUGGUAGUGUCUAGAAAGGGUAUGUCCCUUCAGGAGAGAGGUGCCAAUGUCCAACCGGCCUAAUAACAGUCCAGGGGGGUCACUGCGACGUUCACAAAGGAACACUGUAGGGGCCCAAUCACAAGACGACGCAGUAGGAGGAAGGUCACAUUUAGGGCAGGCAAAACAUAAGGCACGUAGCCCUUCUGAAAGUAAAAAAUCUAUAUCAAAGGCACCCAAAGUGCAGUCCAAUACUACUACUGAACAGUCCAAAGGACACUUUUCUAAAAGAGGCUGUAGCUCAUCUGCUAUUAUAAUUCCACAACAAGAGGCUCUGGACACAGACAGUACUUUAGAGCAACAAAAAUCCGGGCAGGUGCCUAAAAGAGACAGUUCUCGAGGAGUGAAACGCAGUGCUAGCCCAGAUUACAACCAGACAAAUUCUCCUAGCCCUGCCAAAAAAACCAAAGCACUUCAGCACGCUGAUUCUUCUUUGGACUUGGAAAGAAAUAAAUCUCAGACUAAGUCUAAGAAAAGACAUUUGCAUCAAGAGCAAGAGUCAAAGUCUUCACAAUUGCCAUCAACCAGUAAAGCUCACACCAGAAAGGGUGGAGCUACCGUUAGCUCCAGAAGCCAGAAACGGAAAAGGACAGAAACUUUACCUAUUGUAAAGAGUCGUCCAGCAACUGAAUCAACUGGCAGUGAAGAGAGACCAGCAAAACCCACCAAACUGGCUUCAAAAUCAGUGAGCUCAGCCAAAGCUGGGUGCAGUACCAUCACAGAUUCCUCCUCUUCGGCAUCUACAUCUUCCUCCUCCUCCGUUGUUGCUUCUGCAUCUUCUGCUGUUUCUCAGGGUGCUAGAAUCAAACAGGGAAAAGACCAGAGCAAGGCCAGGCGCUCCAGAUCUGCAUCCAGUCCCAGCCCACGGAGGAGUAGUAGGGAUAAAGAACAAAAUAAAAUCGGUGGCUCUUCAAAGUUUGAUUGGGCUGCUCGUUUUAGCCCCAAAGUUAGCUUGCCUAAAACAAAACUUUCUCUACCAGGCUCUUCUAAGCCAGAGGCAUCAAAACCUGGGCCUUCAGGAUUACAGGCUAAACUAGCAAGCUUGAGAAAAUCUACAAAAAAGCGCAGUGAAUCACCACCUGCUGAGCUCCCCAGUUUGAGGCGGAGCACACGGCAAAAGACCACGGGCUCCUGUGCUAGUACCAGUCGGCGAGGCUCUGGCCUGGGCAAAAGAGGAGCAGCUGAGGCUCGCCGACAGGAGAAAAUGGCUGAUCCUGAUAACAAUCAGGAUGGUGUUAAUUCUUCAGCUGCACGAGCUGAUGAGGCUCCACAAGGAGCUGCAGCUUCUAGUUCUGUUGCUGGGGCUGUGGGUAUGACCACCUCUGGUGAAAGUGAAUCAGAUGAUUCUGAGAUGGGAAGAUUACAAGCUUUGUUAGAAGCUAGAGGACUCCCUCCACAUCUGUUUGGUCCUCUUGGUCCUCGAAUGUCUCAGCUAUUCCACAGAACAAUUGGAAGUGGAGCUAGUUCUAAAGCUCAGCAACUUCUACAAGGGCUUCAGGCCACUGAUGAAAGCCAGCAGUUACAGUCAGUGAUAGAAAUGUGUCAGCUAUUGGUCAUGGGUAAUGAAGAAACUUUAGGAGGUUUUCCAGUCAAGAGUGUUGUUCCAGCUUUGGUAAGCAUAUUCAUUAAUUCAUAUCAACUUUUACCUUUGAUUCAUUGUAAUUUCAUGAAAGACCAAAUAGAUCAAUUGAAAUAUGUACAUAAAUGGAAGCACAUUUUCCCCUUGUUCUUACUUAUUUGAAGGGGUCCAUAGCAU